ACUGUGAAGCUCCAGAUGUCAAUUUUUAAUUAUUUUAUCUAGAUUUGUUUUUGUUUGUUUUAACAAUAUGGAUUAAUGAGGAACUAUUUUAUUUUUGGGGGGGAGAGGAAGAAAUGGAUCGACUUGGAAGAGACUGAGACCCUUGGGCCAUGGGUGAAAAAGGUCUGGUCAGCAUUGUUUUAAUCAUCAGUUGCCUUUUGGAGUUUUAAGAGUUCUCUGAAAUCUCUCCUUUCAAGUCUGCCCUCCUUCACCCCACUUAGGCACUUUCUAGAGACAGUUGCUACAGAAGGGAUUGGAAAUUCAAGCUUAUUCCUAAAGCCAAGAGGAAACAAGACCUACCGGAGUGUUUUGGGUGUCAAGCACGAGGGAACGAAUAGGAGGAGGACAAAAAAACACACAAGCCAAUGGACCUUGGCCUCCAAUCCCCCUUAUAAAGAAAAGGAUUUACAGCUCAACCUCACACCAGCUGUUGCCUGGCUUUACCCGUCAGGAGAGGAAAUAAAUAAAAUUAAACAACCACCGCUAGAUAGACAGUUCCAGAUCCUGGUGAAAUUGGGAAGAAUGUUUCUGCGACUGUCUUUGUAUUAAAGUGCAGGAGGAAGCAAAGUGGUGUUAGGAAGACUGGCAGAAGCAGAAUCUCCUUCCAGAGAGUGGUGACCAGAAGGGACCACUGGACUUCAGGAGCAGCUUAGAAAGGAAAAACACAAGAGACUUCCUUGGUGUUCUGGUGCGGAUUUUUCUCAGAGGAAUCCAAGACAGGCUGGAUACCUUCACAAGGGCAUAAAAGACUCACCCAGCUCAGCUUUCUUCCAUGUGCCACAGAGUUCUGUAUGUUUCAGUUGCCACCUUCCCUAGCCUUUGUUUUACUCUUGCCUCCAGGGUGAAACCAGUCCUCACUACCAGCUGCUCAGCGAACUACUUCUUGCACUAUAGUGGCCUGGCUCAGGACAGAUGUGGGCAGCCAAGGACAUCUCUGUCUCAAUAGUGUUUUAAAUUGGAGUUUACCCCCCAACCUUUAAAAAAACAAAAUCUCCUCUAUCCCCCCAAACUCUUGCGGGGGCACAGUGUAUUUUUUUAGCUGUUGUCUUGGAUCUCUACCUUCUGGAGUUUCUGUGGCUCUUUCUGGAUGGUCUUGUGUCUUCUGCUCCAUUGAGAACUCUCUAAGUGUAUUUCAGGAAGUUGGGUAACUGCUUGCCCCCUCUUCCCCUAACUUUUCCCUCCCACCUUCCCUGUGAGCCCCCCUUCUCCCUUCCCUUCUGAAGAUCCCUUCCCCCCCUUUUCAUAUCCAUUCUGAUUCCAGUUGGGCCUGGGCUAUGCUGCAGGGCAGAUUCUCCACCAGAGCUCCAACAUGCCAGCAGCAUCUGGAAAGAGGUUUAAACCCAGCAAAUACGUCCCAGUCUCUGCUGCUGCCAUCUUCCUAGUGGGAGCCACCACCCUCUUCUUUGCCUUCACGUGCCCAGGGCUCAGUCUGUACAUCUCCCCAAUCAUCCCCAUCUACAAUGCCAUCGUCUUCCUCUUUGUGCUGGCCAACUUCAGCAUGGCCACCUUCAUGGACCCAGGCAUCUUCCCACGAGCUGAGGAAGAUGAGGACAAAGAGGAUGACUUCCGAGCCCCACUCUACAAGACAGUGGAGAUCAAGGGCAUCCAGGUGCGCAUGAAAUGGUGUGCAACGUGUCGCUUCUACCGGCCUCCACGCUGCUCCCACUGCAGUGUCUGUGACAACUGUGUGGAGGAGUUUGACCAUCACUGCCCCUGGGUGAACAACUGCAUUGGGCGGCGCAAUUAUCGCUAUUUCUUCCUCUUUCUGUUGUCACUCACCACACACAUCAUGGGUGUGUUUGGCUUUGGCCUUCUCUACGUCCUCUACCAGGUGGAAGAGCUCUCUGGAGUGCGUAUGGCUGUCACCAUGGCUGUGAUGUGUGUGGCUGGCUUGUUCUUCAUUCCUGUGGCUGGCCUUACAGGGUUCCAUGUGGUGUUGGUGGCAAGGGGCCGCACCACCAAUGAACAGGUUACAGGUAAAUUCCGGGGAGGAGUGAACCCUUUCACUAAUGGUUGCUGUAAAAAUGUCAGUCGUGUCCUCUGCAGCUCACCAGCUCCCAGAUACCUUGGGCGACCAAAGGCAGAGCCGACAGUGCUGGUGAAACCACCCUUCCUCCGACCUGAGUUGUCAGAUGGACAGAUUGCUGUCAAGAUAAUGGACAAUGGUAUCCAGACUGAACUGAAGAGAACGAAGUCCAAAGGAAGCCUCGAGGUGACAGAGAGCCAGUCUGCAGAUGCUGAGCCACCACCCCCGCCCAAGCCAGACCUUGGCCGCUACACGGUCCUGAGGACACACUUAACCCUGGCCACCAAUGAGGACAGCAGCUUGAUAGGCAAGGACAGCCCUCCAACUCCAACCAUGUACAAGUACCGACCUGGCUACAGCAGCAGCAGCACCUCAGCCGCCUUGCCCCAUUCCACCAGCGCCAAGCUGAGCCGAGGGGACAGCCUGAAAGAGCCCACAUCCAUAGCUGAGAGCAGCCGGAACCCUAGUUAUCGGUCGGAGCCAAGCCUUGAGCCCGAGAGCUUCCGUUCGCCCACCUUUGGCAAGAGCUUCCACUUUGACCCACUGUCGAGCGGCUCUCGCUCCUCCAGCCUCAAGUCGGCCCAGGGCACGGGUUUCGAGAUGGGCCAUCUGCAAUCGAUCCGCUCUGAGGGCACCACCUCCACAUCCUACAAGAGCCUGGUGAAUCAGACGCGCAAUGGGAGCUUGUCCUAUGACAGCUUGCUCACCCCCUCUGACAGCCCUGACUUCGAGUCUGUGCAGGCCGGGCCAGAGCCAGACCCCCCCAUGGGCUACACAUCACCCUUCCUUUCAGCCCGCAUCACUCAGCAGCGUGAGGCUGACCUGCACAGCCGCUUCCCCAGCACCGGCUCACCCAAGCACCACCCCCCUCGUGAGCACUCUCCUAUCCGCUAUGACAAUCUCUCACGCCACAUUGUGGCCUCCAUGCAGGAGCGGGAGAAGCUUCUGCAGCAGGCACCCAGCCCACCGCCUCUGGCUCGAGAGGAGGACACAGGACAGGCGGACUCAGGCGUCCAGUCCACACCAGGCUCUAGCAAUGCCCCACGUACCAGUUCCUCUUCGGACGAUUCGAAGCGUUCGCCUCUGGCAAAGAACCCACUCACUCGCCCAGUGCCACCCCGUUUUGGCAAGCCCGAGCCUCUGCACGCUCUCAGGGUGCGCUCACUAGGCUCACCAGACCAGCCUGCUGCCCCCCACCUGGGCAAAUCUGUGUCUUACAGCAGCCAAAAAGCAUCGUCUCAGGCCAGCGUCCCAGAGACGGAGGAGGUGGCCUUGCAGCCGUUACUGGCACCAAAAGACGAGGUGCAGAUGCGAACAGCUUACAGCAAAUCCAACGGGCAACCCAAGAGCCUGGGCCCAGCCUCCCCAACCCCUGGCCAACCACCUCUGAGCAGCCCCACACGUGGAGGAGUCAAGAAAGUGUCUGGAGUGGGCGGGACCACCUAUGAGAUUUCUGUAUGAAGGGCAGUGCACUCUCCCCACUGUCACCUCCUCCCUGGCUGAUGCCCAAAGGCCCAGGCGCAGCAGCCAGGCGCUCCUGUGCUCUCGAUACAUGGACGCUUUUUAGAAUCCGACUGGGAGGGGAAGCUGCGAGGACAGUGACCAUUUUUAACUACAAUCCCUGGGAUUUGGGGCAAGGCCCUGGGCACCCCCUUGACAUCAUAGCAGUGGCGGGCCCAGCUUGGCUACUCACCACAGCUGGCCACCUCCUCUGAACCAACCAAGAAACUGCAAACAUAGCACACACUGCCGAGAGAAGGGGACACCACACCAGCAGCGCCUCCAGCUGGGAGAAAGGCAGGGCAGGCAGCCUGCAGCCCUGCCCCUAACGGGCCUGACACUCGCAGACCUAGUGCAAUUGCUCACCUCAUGUGGUAGGGCAGAUCAUUUUUAAACCAGAAUAAUUUUUUUUAUGAUUAUUGUUACGGAUUCUAUUUUUUUUCUCUU